CCGGAAAUGCGACUAGCCUGUGAGAAGCUGAAGUUGGGCCAAUACUUGGCUGUUCUCAAUCACGUCCGCAAGUCGCCUUUAAAUUACGGGGCUGGCUGCUCGUUCUCCAGUAGUGUUUCUACACGGCUUCGAGAAAAUGAGUGGACGCGGAAAAGGAGGAAAGGGACUCGGGAAAGGAGGCGCUAAGCGUCACCGGAAAGUUCUUCGUGAUAACAUCCAAGGUAUCACCAAGCCUGCUAUCCGCCGUCUGGCCCGCCGUGGCGGUGUGAAGCGUAUUUCCGGUCUAAUCUACGAGGAGACCCGUGGUGUGCUCAAGGUGUUCCUCGAGAACGUGAUCCGUGACGCUGUUACCUACACUGAGCACGCGAAGAGGAAGACUGUGACCGCCAUGGACGUGGUGUACGCUCUGAAGAGGCAGGGUCGCACUCUGUAUGGUUUCGGAGGUUAAAUCCACAGCUCGACUCUACAACACAACGGCUCUUUUAAGAGCCACACACUUCACUUUAAGAGCUUUGUUCUACAAUCUUGUUGUUUGUCAUAAUUUGGAAGGAAGUCCUGAAAAUAUUAGUAACUACC